AUGUUUAUCAGUGAAAAUUUCCAGCUUCCUGCUGUCCCCGGCCUCGGGGUUAUUAUCUACAACCUCUUCUUCCACCCUCUGGCCAGAUUCCCAGGACCAGUCCUGUUUGCGGCCACGCCCAUCCCGUAUGUAAAAUGGCAGGUUACUGGUCGGCUGCCCUUUCUCUACAAGCAGCUGCAUGAUGCGUACGGAGAUGUGGUUCGCAUUCAUCCAAAUGAGCUUUCUUUCAACAACCCUGCGGCUUGGAAAGAUAUUUAUGCGCUGCGGCCCGGGCGCCCCAUCAUUCCCAAAGAUCCCGAGUACACAUCCCCUUCGAGUGAAGGCGUGUAUAAUGUCGUAACUGCGACCAACGUAGUGGACCACAUGCGGUACCGACGGGCCCUAAAUCUGGCCUUCUCGGAGAGGGCACUUCGCGAGCAGGAACCGAUCAUCAUGAAGUAUGUGGACAUGCUCAUGGUGCGGCUACGACAGAACGCCGGACUAGGUCCACAAAAUAUCGUCGCCUGGUUCAACUUCAUGUCUUUCGACAUUGUCGGGGAUCUGUCAUUUGCAGACUCUCUGCAGGGACUGGAGAAAUCGGAAUACCAUCCGUGGCUGAUCGAUAUGUUCAAUGCCUUCAAAUUUGCCCUGUACACGCGGGCGAUGAAACAGUUCCCGCAUGUAUACUGCUGGUUACAGUAUUUGAUGCCCAAGUCCCUGGUCGAGCAGCGACAGAAGCAUGAACGCUUCACGCAUGAAAAAGUCAACCACCGUUUGUCCAUGGUGACGGAGCGGCGCGAUUUCAUGAGCCACCUCCUCCCCUUCGACGAGAAAACGACGCCGAUGAGUUUGCCCGAGAUCCGCAACACCUACGGCACUCUUAUGAUUGCAGGCAGCGAGACGACCGCCACCACACUCUCGUUCACGCUGUUCUAUCUCUGCAAGAACCAACCCGUCCUUGCAGGCCUGGUCGACGAGGUGCGGUCCACAUUUACUCGGGAAAAGGACAUCACUUUCGCCUCUACGGCCAAGCUUCGGUAUCAGGGAGCGGUUUUAAACGAGUCAAUGCGCAUUAAACCCGCGGCCCCGACAUCCCAACCGCGUCUGAUUCCAGGAAAAGGAGAAAUGAUUGCUGGGCGUUGGGUUCCUGGCGGAUGUCGGGUUGCCGUCCCUCCACUCUGCAUGAAUCAUUCACCGCAGUUCUUUUGGGAGCCUCUCUCCUUUCGACCGGAGCGUUGGCUAGAUAAUCCUCAAUUUGCAUCUGAUAACAAGGCCGCCUUUCAGCCUUUCAGUAUUGGGCCACGCAGCUGUAUUGGACGCACGCUCGCGCUGAAUGAACUGAAAGUGGUUCUGGCCCGCCUGCUGUGGAACUUCGAUAUUUCACUGGCGGUAAAGAGCUGCGAUUGGGCGGAUAAGUUGAAGGUGUAUGGUUUGUGGGAGAUGAAGCCGUUCUACAUUUACCUGGACCCAGUGAAGAGGGGUUAACUUUGGAUGAGGCUUCAUAUCCCUGGAAGUACAAUAGUAGUUUGACGUCUCAUGGACCACGACUUAGUAGAUUAUUUCCAAACCUAUACUUAGCAAGAAAAACAGGAACCUCACGGAAGUCCGGCC